AUGUCGCUUGAUGCAACUUCAGAAGAAAACAGUUCAGAAAAUGGUGAUUUGGGGCUUGGCGAAGGGUUGCGUCCCGGAGCCCUCCCAAAAAUAUUAAAAGAUUGGAAGGUGAAGAAAACGCCGAAACAAUCGGAGAAAUAUUUACCAGAUGAUUUUUACUGCGAUGAAUUGCAUGCGCCGAUUCAGAGUAAAUCACGGCUGAUAUUUCCUAAAAGAACGAAAACACUUAGUCAAUCUUCAAUCGAAUCUGAUAAUGUGAGUGAAAAUGGGAAUGACGAUAACUUUCCAACGUUUGCAGAUAUUCCUUAUGGAACUUCACUUAAACAACAAAAGAGGCUUUUUGCAAAAGAUCUCUCCAAUAUAAGACAGAGAUGUGUUUCUUUAGAUUCCUCAUCACAGAUGUUUAUUCCUGAUGGUUAUUCAAAAACAAACCUUCAGAGAAGUCUUAGUAGAGAUGCAAUAGAAAAAAAGUUAUUUGAGGCAGAACAGGAAGUUGAAGAACUGAAGAUAGAUUUGGAAAUAUAUCACAAACGACUGGAGGCAAAAUAUCAAGCUAUUGCUAUUUUAAAAACACAGGUUUCAGAAAUUGAAGAAAAGGAUCAGAAGACAAAAAGCUAUAGUCAUUCACUUGAGAAGGAGGUUAACAAGCUGCACUUUGAACUGGAUAAACAGGGCAGUAGUUUGGAGGAUAGUCAACAGAUGUGGGCUGUUCGCUUUGACAGUGUAUGCAGGGAUAAUGUAGCUUUAACAGUAUUUCAGUUACAAAUGUUUGAGUUAAAGGCUGCUCGUUCACAGAAUCUGUGUCUGUGCCGGGAGCGAGAUGAGCUUAUCGCUUUGUUAGAUGUUCAGGAAAGAGGGAAAUAUUCAAAAUCAAAAAGUACGUCUUCAGAUGAUCAGGAGUACAGCCAAUACACAUCAGCUGAGGUAAAGGUCGAAGGUCAUAGUAAAGGUCAAGUGUCACCUGAGUUAGCAGUGAUUGGUGCAUGUAAAUGUCGCGGCACAGAACCAGAACCAUGUGGAUGUGCAAUGGCUGCUGCUCAUCUUCGUCGAGAAAUUAUCAAGUGCAAUGAAAAGAAUGAGAUGUACCUGCGGAGAAGAGACGAGGCCUAUAUGACAGCUGAUGCCUACCACAUGGCCUUUGAGGAGCAAUUAUCCAAGAGUAAAACACUCAUGCUCCACAUAUCAGACAUUGCUACUUCAGGCUCUGGACCAUCCCGUGUUACUAAAGCGAAAGCUAUUGUUAAACGAUUCAUACAGAUGCUCAAUGAUGAGGACUACAAGGCAUCAAUGAGAAGGGAGCAGGCUUCAGAGCAGGGAACUGACAGUAAUGGGACCUGUCCCCUACCCCCAGGUGUACCCCCCAUCACAGACAGGGACCUGGUCCUCGCGCUCACUGAAAUAUUACAUGAUAGAACAGAAGCCUUAGCCAACAAGAAAAUUGCCAUACAGGUACUUGGGGAUCGCAUCAAACAUUUAGAAGAAAAAUUGGCCCUUCAUGAGGAGGUAUUUCAAAGUUAG